GGCCGACCCCGCAAAAACAUUAUUUCAUUUCCUCCGCCAUUGACCACGCGACAGGCCCCGAAACCUUGAAUCUUUCUUCUGCCGCGCGUCUGAUUGCUUUAUUGCUCUUCCGACUGCUUAACUACUUUUGUGGACGCGCCAUCAUCAUGACCGAACCCGGCCCUGCUACAGAGGGAAAUGCGCCCUCAAAGAAUGCCCUGAAGAAGGCUGCGAAGGACGCCGAAAAGGCGAAAAAGAAGGAAGCUGCCCGCCAGCGCGAGCUUGCAGAGCGCCAAAAAAGGGAAGCAGAAGACGCCGCCGAUGUCUCUGCAAACGACUAUGGUGAAUUGCCUCUCAUAGGGUCUGCCGAAUUCAAGCCAACGGGCGAGAAACGAAUCAAGCUAUCCGAAGUGGCCUCAUAUGCAGAUCAAACUGUGACCCUGCGGUGCUGGGUUGAGAAUGCGCGGGUGCAGAGUGCCAAGCUGGCCUUUCUAAAUUUAAGACAAGAGCUGGAGACCGUGCAGGCUGUCGUUGCAGCGAGUGAAAGCCUGAGCAAGCAAAUGGUCAAGUUUGCUGGGAACAUCAGCACCGAGAGCUUGUUGGUGGUUACAGGCCUGGUCAAGAAGACCCCCGAACCAGUCAACAGCGCGACAGUCAAGGACUAUGAGAUCCAUAUCAAGAGAGUUUUCAUCGAGGCCAAGGCAGAAGUCCCACUCCCCCUCCAAGUCGAGGAUGCCGAAAGACCCCUACCAUCUGAAGCUACUGGUGAGGAGGAAAAUGACGAAGAGUCCGGUCACCCGCUGGUGACUCUCAACACACGUCUCAACAACCGAACCAUCGACCUGCGUGCCAAGAUCAACAACGCCAUCUUCACAAUCAAAGGCGGUGUCUGCGCACUCUUCCAAGAGUUUCUGGGCAGCAAGGGGUUCACGCUCAUCCACAGUCCCAAGCUUCUGGGAGCACCAUCCGAAGGUGGUGCUAAUGUUUUUGAAGUCAAAUACUUCGACCGUCAAGCUUAUCUCGCACAAUCGCCACAAUUCUACAAGCAAAUGCUCAUUGCGUCUCGGUUUCAGCGUGUGAUGGAGAUCGGUCCUGUGUUCCGCGCAGAAAAUUCGAAUACCGCCCGACAUUUGACUGAAUUCACUGGUCUCGAUCUCGAAAUGGAGUUCCAGGAGGACUACCACGAGGUCAUGUCUCUCCUCGAAGAACUCAUGCUCUUCAUUUUCGCCGGUUUACAAACUCGCUAUGGCCGCGAGACCGAAUUGGUCCGCUCCCGAUACCACGUCGAGCCCUUUGCCCUCCCAGCAGCGGGGUCCGUCCCACGUAUUACGUUCGCAGAGGGUAUCGCCAUGCUCCGCGAGGCUGGAGAAGAGCUCAAUGACUACGAUGACUUGUCUACACCACAGGAGAAACUCCUCGGCAAACUUGUGUUGCAGAAAUACGGCUCGGACUUCUACACACUCGACCAAUUCCCACUUGCGAUUCGGCCUUUUUACACGAUGCCUUCCGCAGCAUCACCGAAACUCAGUAACUCGUAUGACAUGUUCAUGCGUGGACAGGAGAUUUUGAGCGGUGCACAGCGUAUUCACAGUACGCGACUUCUGCAAGAGAAGAUGCGGGCAUUUGACCCACCGAUCGACCCUGAGGGAGCGGCAGUGAAGGACUAUGUCGAUUGCUUCCGGUAUGGAUGUCCGCCACAUGCAGGUGGUGGGUUUGGGUUGGAGCGAAUCGUAUGUUUCUGGUUGGGACUGCCGAAUAUUCGCCUGACCAGUCUAUUCCCAAGAGACCCGCAGAGGGUUAUGCCCUAGUCAUGUAAACUAUUACAAUCUCGUGAAGGGAAAGUCAUGUCAACGACAGGUGACGACCAUGUUACAAAAACUAUACAACAGAAAAUAGGAAAGUGAACUGAAGAAUCUGAGAUACCUACGGUGCU